AUGUCCAACUACUCUUCUUCUACUUCUCCUUUCAGACAAGCCUGCCUUAUCCCAACUCCAUCAGUUCCGACUCGACCCUCCGUUUCCCUCAAAAUCUUUCCUCCGUUUGCCGAAUUCAUAGAUUUUGGUGGCGCUUCUCGUCAUAUUCUAACAAAUGAUGGUACAUGCCGAGUUGUAUUCAAAGUCAAAUGCUCAAACAAUGAGGUUUUCAAAGUGUCACCAGUUUACGCAUUUCUCGAUCCAGGCGGAACUACAGAACUUCAAGUUCUACGAAGAGAAGGACCACCGAAACAAGAUAAACUCAUUAUUCUGCUCAAAGAAGCCAAAAAAGGCGACAAAGAUGCACGGGUAACUUUCACUGAUUCAACACAUACCGUUCAUAAAUACAUGCUCCCACUGCUUACGAGGAUAGUCGAGGAGCAGUAA